GGGCAGCACAUCUCCCCCGCCGCUGCGAAGACGAGAAGAAGAGAGCGGAUAUCCGGUGAAGAAGAAGAAGCAUCCGGAAGUUGGACUGUUUUUGACUAUUUCUGACGAAGGAUGCCUUUCUGUUUCUGCCCCCAGUGUGGGACGAAGCUGCAGUCUGAUUUCAAGUUUUGUCCAUCCUGUGGAGAGAAGCUUCCCUGUCCCGCUGAUGAACCUGGAGCUGUGCGCUCAGCUGCUUCUUUAAGCACAAGCUGUGAGCCCACAGAAGGCAAGGCCCAAGCAAGUUUCUCAACAGCCCCAGUAUCAACUCGUCCUGCACUGCGAAAGAAUCGUAACUUGCUGCAACUGGACAGUUUUAAAGAUGCCACUCCACCUGUGGUGCCCUCCCCUAAUCCUGUCAGAGAUGGCAAGAAUGAAGAUAAUGUCGUUAGAUUGCACACAUCCUCACCAAAGCAGCAUAAAGUCACUUUCAAAGUCAACGCUGAGGUAGAACCAACUUUAAAGACUUCACCUUCUCCUGCUGUUAGAAGUCCUCGGCUGGUCAGGGGAAAGGCAAAACUCUCCAGUCCUGCUUUGAAGCAGGUUAAAACACGUGAGGAAGCAGAGGGAUCAACAGUCAGCGGCUCCCCUUUAAAUUCUCCAGUCUCCUCACCAGUCUCCAGGUCUCCUUUAAAAGGAACAGGAAAAAGCAGAGCUAAGAAGGCAAAGCAUGCGCCCGCUGUGAAGCCACUAGAGGAAGGCGAGGAAGUGACAGACACAACGGGCAAGAAGUGGAAACUGAUGAAACUGCUCAAUCAAACCUCGACGGAAAUCAUCUACGAAGUUUCUCAAACAGCUUCACGAUCCAAGGAGUCGAUUUACAUUCUCAAACUGGGACCUAAAGAUGGAAAAAUCUUCAAUGAGCAGAACUUUCUGCAGAGAGCUGCUAAACCUGCAUCUGUGGACAAGUGGAUCAAACAAAACAAGAUGGAUUUUCUGGGGAUUCCUUCCUGUGUUGGCUUUGGUCCUCAUGCAGAUUCCUACAGGUUUCUAAUUGUCCCCAACAUGGGCCAAUCUCUGCAGUCUGUCAUUGAUGAAGAUGAUGGUCUGGCUGAGAAAGCUGUUCUUCAGCUCGCCUGUAGACUAUUAGAUGUUCUGCAGUACAUCCAUUCAAACGAAUACGUUCAUGCUGAUAUUAACGCAGAAAACAUCUACAUCCGACCAGGACAGACAUCACAGGUUUACCUCGGGGGAUACUGCCAUGCUUUCAGGUACUGUCCAGGGGGCCAACACGUGGAGUACCGUGAAGCAAGCAGGACGCCACAUGAGGGCAACAUAGAGUUCAUCAGCCUGGACGCACAUAAAGGAGCAGCGCCGUCUCGACGCAGCGACCUGCAGUCACUGGGUUACUGCAUGCUGCGAUGGCACACAGGUCCACUGCCAUGGAGUGACCUCAGUCAACCAGAGCAGGUUGCCACCCACAAAGAGAGGUACAUGGAUGAUGUUCCUGCACUGUUAAGUCACUGCUUUGGGAGGACGAGAGUUUCCAGUGCAUUUCAAAGCUUCCUGACUGCAGUGAUGGAUCUGCAGUACUCUGAGCAGCCUGACUACUCAGCGCUGAAGGCCGGGUUCAGUACAGCCUUACUGCAUAUGGGGGGGUCACAGGAGCAGCCACUUUGUUUUUAAGCCGCCGUCCCUGACAGUCGAGACAGUGGCGUCCAAAUCCUUCCAUUAGAGCUGUUCAUGUUUCUUGUGUGUAAGUGUGGACAUUUUAGAGAGUAGCCACUGGUCCUGUGUACAAAAUCACCUUCAUUUCAUCUUGAUGACAUAAUGGUUGGAUAAUCUGAAAACCCCUUUUUCCGGUGCCUUUGUUCUAAGCAGGAAGUUUACUUGAAGUCAGUGGAAGCUGUUAUAACUUUGAUUGUUUUGUUUUUUAAAUUUUGAUGUGAUAGAUUUUUAAGAGAAUUUUAUGAGAGAAUUAAUCCCUGAAGCUAAGUUGCAUUAGUGUGAGCCAUUUUCAAAACUCACCAGAGGUUCUGUCCUUCUUUCAGUUUGUUGAUUUGGGAAACAUAACUCUCAAUACUUAAACUAAUUUUUAAAUUUCAAAUGUAUUCUUGCAUUUUUUUUCAGUCAACUUCUGAACUGCUCACUGACCCCUUCUGUGACUGUGUUGUUCAGGCUGCUGAACCAGAUUUUCCAGAUAAAAUGAUGCCUGAAAGUAACAGAGCAGUUAAACAAGCAAGAUUCACGUGUGAAUGACUCACAUGCAGUAAGAGCUGUGUUCCUGAUCUACUUAUGGAUCUAUGCAGCUACUGAGUCAUACAUAUACAAAAAGAGGAUAAAAUGAUAAGAUCAUUUGAGAUGGCUAAAUAUAUUGUUAAGGACAAUUCAGCAAUCAAGCAAAAGCAGGAGUAUCUCUGUAGCAAAUUCUGUGUGACAGUAUCCGUUUUUAAAUAUGUCUACAUGUUUUAUUUGAGAGAAAUUGAAAGAAAGUUUGGAGAUUUUUUAUUUAAACUUGUUUUAUCUGUGAUGUUUUAUUGCACUGAAAGCUGAGUGAUAGAUUUUAAUAUGUGAAAAUGACAUGUCUGCUUUAUCAUGUUAAACCUUCAUGUUUUGGUUCCUCAGAUAUGUUGCACUGGGUUUCAGUAUUGCAACGGAAAAGGUGGAGGGAUUCAAGUUCCUGGUUUCUAAAGGACACAUUUUGGUGACAUUGACACUUUUUUAGAUCUUUUCGCAUCAUAUUCUGGUUUUAUAGUUUUUAAACAUUUCCUCGUUAAAAACAGUCGAUACAUUGACUUUUCUAACCUGUGAAUAUAAGGGUCAGGGCGGGAUGAUCGUAAUGUUCUGUCCUUAAGAUGAGCCAACACACAACUGCUUGACUCACUUUUCAGUACUUUUACUUGAAUAAAGUGGCUGCAUUUCUUUUUCAAACCA